AUGGUGCUCCCUCCUGCAGCCGGCGUUCCCCCUCCAACCCUCCCACCCUCCGUGGAAGAGGCCUACCGCCGAAAAUGCAUCCAACUCCGUCACCGCAUAAAGACCGUCGAAGAAGCCAACGACGCCUCUAGAAUCCGCCUCCUUCGCAUGCGCCGCGGAAUCGAAAAGAUGCGUCUCGAGCGCGCCUUCCUCCUCGAACAGCUCGCCAAGCGCACCUCUACAAACGUCGAAGACUCAGAUGGCAGUCCCAGCCCUCCGCCUACGCCGAAGGAGAAACCUCUAAGAACGAAACGCGGAAGACGUGCACCCGAUUUCCUGCAGGAUCAGCCUGAUGCUGCGUCAGGGCUGUCGCAUGGGAAUGGAUCGCGUCAGGCCUCUUUCGCUGGCUCUGCAAACGGCCGCUCAGCAUCCAACCCAUCCAACGCCGCUGCGGCCGGGGCAUCAACUACCCGUUCCUCGCAAGCCAACGGCACCUCAGCUCCACGACAACCGCGCAGCGGCUUCGACGUGUUCGUGAAGUCCAUGCGCUCCGUUCUCCUCGUAGCGAACAGGGAGAAGAUCAAAGAGGGAACAUAUGAUGUCGACCAAGACCUGGCGAGGAAAUGGACGAACUUGGGUUCGGAGAAGCAGGGCGAUUAUUGUCGCAGGUUUGAGGAGGGCGAGUAUGAGGGGUGGGAGGAGGCGCAGAGUAGGGAUAAGAAGAGGUUGGCUGAGGGGGAUGAUACGGAUGCGGAUGCGGAUGCGGAUGCGGAUGCGGAUGCGGAUGCGGAUGCGGAUGUUGCGGCGGAGGCGGAGGAUGUGGAGAUGGGUGAGGAGAGUGGGGAGGGGGAGCGGCAUUAGGUGUGGGAUGCUGGGAAUGGGUGAAUUCGGAUUCAGGUGCGCGGUCGUGACGGAUAUCAAUACGGAAAUUAAUGACUCAUAACAAAAUCACCAUUGACAGAGUGUCAUGAUUGUGCUGUUAACAUCACCUGGACGAUAUCAGCUGACCACAUAUUGCUCACAAGGAGAGGGAUCUACGCCUUCUUUGAGCUGCCAGUUGAUACCUUGGGCUUUCUUUUCUCCUCUUCAGAUUUAACUGCUCGUCGUUUGCUGGACGCCAUGUCUGGGAUAGGGGGAAGGGGAGGACAAGCCUCUCUUCCUGUUAUACAGGCAUCUACUGCGUAUGACGGCGAUCAGUUCUCACAAAACCGACUGCCGCACCAACCUGACAACGAGGAACUUGGGUUAAUUGGGAUACACUGGGCGGCCAACUACUCCAUUGAGGUGGUGUAGCUGGGUUGGCUCUUACUCUACCCUCAAAAUGUUGUUGUGUUAUCACUCUGUUUCGUAAUGCCUGGCCUCUAAUCCAUGCAGACAGCUUGAUCCUACUUACCGUGCUCGAUCUUACUUGCCGUGCUCGAUCGCACUUGCUGUUUUUGCUCCC